AACGCCAGCCCGCUGCCGCCGAAGCUGACGAGGAAGAUGAAGAUGAUGGCGGUGAUGGAGGAGCAACGCUGAGUUCGCUCUUCUUAUUUUUCCUCUUCACUUGAUCAGAGCCUGGGGAAGACGACGAGCCUGCGACACCGACAUCCGCGGCGCAGAUUUAAGCGGACGCUUCAGGUCUCCUCCCCCACGUCUCUCACACCGAGAUGGGGAACGAGGCGAGCAUGGAGGGCGGCGGGCAGCCCGGUGAGCCCGGAGCCACCGGGAUGAUGGGUUCGGUGAUGCCUGGUGGACCCACGAGCGGGCCGAUGGCCGGACAGCACAUGAAGCCCGUCAACGGCUCGGCUGCUGGGGCCGGGAUGGGACUCGGAGGCCCCGGGAUGGGGAUGACAAGGGGUCCAAUGGGUCAGAUGGGCAGCCCAAAGCUAGGCAUGCAGCAAGGAGGAGGGAUGGCUGGGAUGGGAGGAGGAAUGGGAGGAGGGAUGGGUGGUAUGGGAGGAGGAAUGGGAGGAGGGAUGGGUGGUAUGGGAGGAAUGGGAGGAGGAGGCAUGGGAGGCGGUGGAAUGAGUGGUGGAGGGAUGGGAGGUGGCAUGGGUGGAGGAGGAAUGGGGGGUGGAGGGAUGGGAGGCGGAAUGGUAGGUGGACGAGGAGUAGGUAUGGGCUCUGGAGGAGGAAUUGGGUCCAGAGCUGGCGAACCUUAUCGCCUGGCCACUCAUGACACCCCAACCUCCCCCCGACACAUGCAGUCCGGUACGGGAUCCGGCAUGGGCCAGAGCACUGGAUCAAGUCAUGGGAUGGGCCAGUCUCAGGGUGGCUCAGCUAUGGGCGUCCACGGAGGCCAGAGUCCAGGUCAGCACGCCUCCCGGAAAAACCUCCAGGUGGACUUUGGCGGGUCAAGGACGGGCAGGUCUCCUUCUGCGUCCCCAGACCGUGGCAUCACACCGACCUCGCCCUACUCAGUGCCACAGAUUGCACCCAUGCCCAGCAGCAAAGUCUGCCCGGUGUGUACCACCACUGAGCUCUCCAACCCACCGGCUGUUCCUAACUACAACACCUGCACCCAGUGCAAGGCCACCGUGUGCAACCAGUGCGGCUUCAACCCGAACCCACACCUGACGGAGGUCCAGGAAUGGCUGUGCCUAAAUUGUCAGAUGCAGAGAGCUCUUGGCAUCGACAUGACCACGCCUCGCUCUAAGAGCCAGCAGCAGAUUCACUCACCGUCCCACCAAGCCAAACCUAUUGUCCAGCCUCAGCCGUCCCAGCAGCCAUCACAGCCAACGGCAGCAUCGCAGCCCAAACCUUUGGCCCAAAGUCAACCCGUACAGAAGCAGCAACAGCAUCAACCGCAGCAACAGCCACAACCACCACUGCAGCAACAACUACCAAGGCAGCAGCAACAACUUCCACCACAGCAGCAGCAGCUACCGCCGCAGCAGCAGCAGCUACCGCCGCAGCAGCAACAGCAGUAUCCCCAGUCCCAAACAUACGGUCAAAGUCAACUCUAUGGCCAGAAUCAACCAUACGGACAGAAUCAACCCUAUGGACAGAAUCAACCGUAUGACCAGAAUCAAUCAUACAAUCAGAAUCAACCCUACAACCAGAAUCAACCCUACGGCCAGAGUCAGCAGUACGGCCAGAAUCAACCCUUCUCACAGUCCCAGCCCUACACGCAACCCCAGCAGUAUCCCCAGCCCCAACAGUAUCCCCAGUCCCAACAGUAUUCUCAGUCCCAGCAGUACCCUCAAUCUCAACAGUAUCACCAGCCCCAGUCCUACCCCUCAUCCCAACCCGGCCCCCAGGUUCAGCCUCAUAGUUCGCCAGGUUUACAGAGACAGCAAGGCCCUGCGAGCCAGCAGAUGCAGACAGGGCUGUCUCAACAAGGAAUGAUGUCAGAUCCAUAUUCCCAGAAAGGACACGGCGCAUCAGGGAUGGGAGGCCCACCAGGAGGCGCCACACAACCAGGUGGCCCAAGGAUUCCACACCCUGGUGCUGUGCCCCUUCCUGGUUUGACCAAGGCACCUUCCCAACCUGAUUUGGGCAGGGGUUCUCCAAUGCACCAAUCUAUGGCCCGGCGUCAAGACCAAACAAGAAGUGCCGGCUCUUCCCCGGCCCACAAGCAGCAAAGCCAUGCCCCUCCACCUGCGCAGGAUGGCCUGACUAAGUUAUUUGGCUUUGGAGCAUCACUGUUAAAUCAGGCCAGUACUCUGAUAAAUGUUGACCCACUAUCCACGGCAUCCACCCAGCCUAGCCCUGCACGAGGCAAGGUGGUGUUCAGCAAUGCUACGCCGGACACCAAACAACAAAGUACUCCAGGAACCAAACCAUUCAGCAUGGGUGGCGGACAUGCUCCUACCCAAAUGGGGGGUCCUAGUGCACAGAGUCAAAUGGGAGGUGCCUAUCCACCAAGCCACAUGGGAGGUCCUCAUGCUCCUAGCCAAGUUUCUGGUACCCAGAUGGGGGGUCCUCGUGAUCCUAUCCAGGUUUCUGGUACCCAGAUGGGAGGUCCUCAUGCUCCUAGCCAAGUAUCGGCAGCCCAAAUGGGAGGUCCACAUGGGCCCGUUCAGAAGCAGCAACAGCAGACCACGCCACAAUCCCAAGGGACACCCCAACAGUCAGCGACUCACCAAAAGGUGCCGCAGCAGACGCAUGGACAGCAACAUCAGCAAUCUCCUGCACAGUCACAAACAAUACAGCCCAAGCCAGAACCAGUUUCUGCACCUGAGCCAGCUCCUGAGCCCCCCAAGCCAAAAGUGAAUUGUCCUUUGUGCAAGACUGAGCUGAACAUUGGAAGUUCGGACCCGCCAAACUACAACUCCUGCACGCAAUGUCAUAGCCAAGUGUGCAACCUGUGUGGAUUCAACCCCACGCCACAUCUGGUAGAGAAGAAAGAAUGGCUGUGUCUCAACUGCCAAACACAACGCCUCAUGUCGGGCGGCGGCCUUGACGACCCCCCAUUUCCUGUCCCUCAGCCGUCUCCCAAACACCAACCGAGCGGUUCGCCUCGUCACCAGCCGCCGACAAGUCAGCAAAGCCCGCUGCAUAAACCGACUGGCCAGCAAGGAAGCAAACCUUCCCCGACUCAGAAACCGAAGGCAGACACCGCUCUUAGUGGAGCGUUUGUGCCAACCGCUGCCAAACACCAAGCAGACUCCACCACUGUUCCGACCUCUGUCCCAACCACUGAGCAACAGAAAGAAACGAAAACCAUUGAGGAGAAGCCAAAGACUGAGCCGGACAGCCAAACCACCAAAGACACCAAACCCUCCCAGAAGAAAGGAGAGCAGAUCACACCAAUUAAAGAGAUUAAGAAGUCCAGGCACUAUGAUGAUACAAAAAACAACAGCACACACGACUUGUCCCGCAGCCCUCAGAGCCUCAGUGACACUGGUUAUUCUUCAGACGGCAUAUCCAGCUCCCAAAGUGAAAUCACUGGACUGAUCCAAGAGGAGGAGAUGAAGCUCAGUGAGAGGGGGAUCAUUGGAAGGGGGUCUCCGCCGAGUCCCUCGGAAAUCAAGAAGCUUGAAAGCUCCAUGAGGCCUCUGCUGGAGAAGAGCCUGUCUGAGGAGAAGCCGGACAGGAGAGGCAGGAAACACAGAGACCGGGACCUAGAUGACAGAGGGAAGCAGCGCCCACGCUCCUUGUCAAUACCUCCAGAUUCAUAUGAUUCUGACGAGGAACUUCAAGACAUUUUAGAAGAAGAAGAGGAUGGAGGAGAGUGGGAGGGCAAAAGAAAAGAAGGGAAAGAAGAGAAGAAGGAGAAAAAGAAGAAGGAAAAAGAAGUCGAUCAGACCGAAAUGACUGAUGAAGAAUUCAUGAGGAGACAGAUCAUGGAGAUGAGUGCUGAUGAAGAGAAUGAAGACGAGGAAGAGGAAAUGGAUGAAGAUGAGGAUGAGGAUGAAGGGUAUGGAUAUCAAAAGCCGAAGAAAAUGCACCAUAAGCACAUUUCUGAUACAGGAAAGGAGAAGAGACGGCUUCAGCAUCAUUCAAGCAGCUUUGAAGAAGAAACCAAGACCUCCACUGACGUCUACAAGGGCUCUGUGGAGGAAGGUGAGGAAGACGUCAUGUCAUCACAGGGUGGACUGAGGCGCUUCAAGACCAUUGAACUCAACAACACCAAUAGCUACAGCCGAGACAUGGAGCUGAGCAACGAAAAUGACCUGAGUCUCGACAGAGAACCCGAGCUAGAGAUGGAAAGUCUGACAGGUUCUCCUGAAGAACGUUCACUGGGUGACUACUCUUCAACUCUGCCGCCAACCUCUUCCUCAUAUGGCUCAGGUCAGUCUCCUACAUCCAUCUCAUCAAUGGAGGAAGACAGCGACAGCAGCCCUAGCAGGCGGCAAAGACUAGAAGAGGCUAAGCAGCAGAGGAAAGCUAGGCAUCGGUCUCAUGGUCCUCUGCUGCCGACUAUAGAAGAUUCCUCAGAGGAAGAUGAGUUGAGAGAGGAAGAAGAACUUCUGAGAGAGCAGGAAAAGAUGAGGGAGGUGGAGCAGCAGAGAAUAAGGAGUACAGCGAGGAAGACGAAGCGAGACAAGGAGGAGCUAAGGGCUCAGAGACGCAGAGAAAGGUCCAAGACCCCACCCAGUAAUCUGUCACCAAUCGAAGACGCAUCCCCGACGGAAGAGCUGAGACAGGCGGCAGAAAUGGAAGAGCUUCAUCGUUCCUCCGCUUCUGAAUACUCUCCUCAGAGUCUCGAUUCUGAAGCUGAGGGAUAUGAGUCCAAAAUUUACAAAUCCGGCAGUGAGUACAACCUUCCUACCUUCAUGUCGCUUUACUCACCAAUAGAGAAAACGACAACAACCACCACAACGGCACCAUCUUCCACGUCCAAACCACUCAAAAGUGCAGAGGAGGUGUACGAGGAGAUGAUGAGAAAAGCUGAGCUGCUUCAAAAACAACAGAAGCAGCAGCAACAGCAGCAGCAUGGGAGACAUGGUCAAUACUACGAUGAAGACAUCAACGGACAAGGCUAUGAUGAUGAAUAUGAAUAUGAACAAGACCAAACGGGAUACGACAAUGAAGCUGCAGAGAUAGAAACUGAUAUUUAUGAGGAGAUCCGUCAGACUUCUCAGAAUAUAACCAAGAUGCAGCUCGCUACAGAUGAACAAGUAGAGAUUGAAAUUGAGAGUUCCUACACAGACAAACAGCUCCUGGACACAGGUUCAGCUUUUGCGAAGCUACUUGAACAGAGCAAUGCUCUACUGACCCCUGGAACAAGCCCAACGCAGAUCUCAGCUCCUGUUUCGUUUGCCGAAAGUGGAAGGAUCCCUGAUGUCCGAGUGACACAGCACUUUUCGGCAAAAGACAGCCACAAGGACAGGUUUAAAAGCCAGGCAGGGAAGAAUGGGAUAACUCCAACAGUGGCUGCUACAACUAUCGCAGCGUAUGGUGUCUAUGCUCGAGAUGCAGUCACCAUUUCUCAAACAAGUACUAGCCACACUAUGACAUCUACUCAGUCGGGCAUAUAUGGUCGACACACUGGAAGUACCGCUACAUCUUCAGCCACUGUCUCCAGUGUCUGUAGCAAGAUUGCGGAGAUAACCCAGGCCUACAGUCAAAGAGAGGUGAUCACCAGAAGGGUUGGGGAGACUAGAGGCGGCCAAGCACGAGACAGCUCAACAUCAUCCGCUGAAAGAGUAACUGAACCUCGUUCUCCCAAGUACACUACUUACUACAGAAGUACAAGUCCUCCUCUCUCUCCAUCACCUCCACCUCAAAGCCCCACACGUUCCCCCUCCAGAAGAAAUACAGCUGAGUUUUCCACACAAACUUUCAAUUCAGCACUUCGAAUGGAGACUAGUGGCUCUGGGCCAACAUCCCCGGUGAUCGCUCAGGGAACCCAGACGUCACAUCGAUCAGUUUCCCCAAGGCUCUUCAGACAGCAGUCUUCACAAGACGCCCCAUACUCUCCACCUGGAAGCCCAGCCAGGCCAAUGACGGUGAACACAGCUACUUCACCUUUGUCUUCACCAACUCGCUUCAGCCGUCAGUCAACAUUUGACAGCUACUCCCCGUGUGGAAGCCCCCCAGACACACCACCUUACCAACAUUCCCCUACAAGGAGUUUCUAUCGCACGCAGAGGAUAGAGAAAGUAAAUGUUGGAACAAGUAUGGUCAGCACUGCCAGCACCUACACAAGAGGGUCCAUGUCGAUGGAUAACAUCUCCCUUUGCCGUAUUUCUACAGUCCCAGGCACUUCUCGAGUAGAGCAGGGUCACAUGAUCCAAGGUGGAAGUGUGGUUGAUCUCAGGACGAUUGCGAAAUCAACACCAAUUAUCAUGACAGAUCAAGGGAUGGAUCUCACCUCCCUGGCUACUGAAUGUCGCCGAUACCAUGGUGUGUCAGAGGGAGGUCGGCAUUCAACUGUAAUACAGCCACUGAUCAUGAACUUGAAUACCCAGGAGACCACAACACCAACCACUGUGAGUGUCACUGUGGCCGCGUCCAUGUUUAUGACUCAGCCUCGAAAGCCCACAGUUUACGGUGACCCACAUCAAAAUCAAAUCGAUCUUGGUCAAGGCAUGGGAUCAGCCAUAUGCUAUUCCCAGCAUAAGCCCCCUUUGUCACCGCCAACAGAUCCAUCAAUCCCCAAAAUCGAUGCUAAACUCGAAGACCUCAGUAUUCAACAAAAGGAGUUACAAAAACAGCAGGAGAAGCUGCAAAUGCAACAGGAGAUUCUUGAACAACAGUUGCAGCAACACCAUCAGCUGCAACACCAACAUCAACAGGCCUCUGCUUUGGCCAGAUUCAAUCUCACAGGCCAGAUAUCACCAAUUAUGAAAAAAGACUUACUCGUGAGCCAGACUAGCUCUGCCUCUGCUGUAGUCAGCGCUGUAUCCCCUGUUGUUAACACUGAAAUGUAUGGCUCUGGUCCAGUUGAGCUAAAAGGCAAAGCAAGUCCUCCAGGCUUGAUUGCUGGAGUACAACCCCCUCAUAGCAUGGUAGUACAGAUGAAUGGAGGACCAGAACAGCCAAGGGCAGUCACCCAGUUGGUGAAGGUAGAACAAGGACAGGACGCUAUGGAUCUUGCGGGUGGUCAGAUUAAACCUGAGAACCAGCCAGCCUGCUGUGAUGUAGUUUACAGACUUCCAUUUGGUGGUAGUUGCGUUGGAGAAUCUGAGAAAGAAGGCAUAAGGCCACCAUCAGCUCCCCCGCUUACGUAUGAGUCUGACCCAGAAAGAUCUGGACGCUACCAUGAGUAUCCAAUGGAUGCAAGGAAAGCCUAUACAUUGCCCUACCCAGGAAGACUACAGCCUUCAAUGUCUGACACAAACCUGGCUGAUGCUGGACUUCAUACAUAUAGCAAAGUAGAUCCUCAUUUCCAGCCGCCAGGGGAACAAUCUGUGGACAUCACUGCUAUGAAACAGGGCUACGGUGGAUACAUGGGAAUGCAGUACGGUUCAUAUACUGAUCUGAGGCAUGGUGGGGACAUUGCAGCCCAAACGCUGCCUAUUAGGAGAUACAACUCAUUGUCUAACAUCAGUUCUGACUAUGGUUACACAGCACGGGAAAUUGCCAGCUUCCAAGAAGCCAACUUGGCUCAAUAUAGCGCCACAACUGCAAGGGAAAUCAGUCGCAUGUGUGCAGCACUCAACUCUAUGGAUCGAUAUGGAAGCAACCCAGAUUUGAUGCAGUUCGGAAGCUUGGGAAGGGGAACGAGUCCAGCUACGUCUAGACUUGCCGCUGGUCUUGGCAUGAGACCAAACUUACUCUUUGGAUUAGAUGGGAAACCAAUUUCACACAGCCAAGCUUUGACCAACCUUAUCAAUGCCAGACAGGCUAGUCUCAGAGCAAUGUACCCUGCAGCCAUUCGAUCAGCUGACGGUAUGAUCUAUUCCACGAUACAGACACCCAUCGCUUCUACGCUACCAAUCACAACCCAACCUGCUUCUGUGAUCCGACCUAUUCUCAGGGGUGUCUAUAGACCGUUCCCGUCACCUAACAUGACUCCAGUGCCCCUAUCGAGUCUAACCAGACUACCGGUGGGCCCAAGGGUAACCUUAUCAGGACAAGCACCAGUGCGCUACCCAGCACCUGGUCUGCUACAAACAACAUCAGCGACUAUCACUUCCGCUGCAGUCACAAUGUCUAUUCCAGCGAGCACCUCAGUGACUGUAUCUUUGACGUCUUCUUCAGUCCAGGACGAACCAGUCUAUCUAGGCAAGGGUGCCACUGUGACCUCUGCCGAGACCUCAGCAGUACAGGGAACGCUUGUGAUUCCAACAGAUCCACAACAGCAACCCAUCAACCUGUCUCAAGCACAUUUACAGCAACAAAAGCAGGCUACCAGUGCACAGGAGCAGCAAGUGCCCCCUCCAGGAGCUCAUGCCUAUGCACCGAUGACUCAGUCACAAUCCCUUGGCUUUGCCCAGCCUUCAGUGACUGAUCCCACUGGCGGUUUACCCAUUCAAGGAGGUCUGCCACCCUUCCCUCCACCGGGUGCUGUACACAAAGAGGGUGAGACGGAGGCAGAGAGAUUGCAUCGGCAGCAAGAACAGCUUCUGCAGAUGGAAAGAGAACGAGUGGAGCUGGAGAAAAUCAGACAACUGCGGCUUCAGGAGGAGCUGGAGAGGGAAAGGAUUGAGUUGAAGCUCCACAGAGAGAAGGAGCAGAUGUUGGUUCAGAGAGAAUUACAGGAGCUGCAGACCAUCAAGGAACAGGUUCUGCAUCAGCAGCAGCAAGAGCGUGAGAAACAACUCGUAGUCCAACGGGAACAGCUGGCCCAACAGAAAUCCCAACUGGACCAGAUCCAGUCUUUGCAACACCAACUUCAGCAGCAGCUUGAAGAACAGAAAAGGCAAAAAACAGCUGCAGCUCAGAGCUUGCAGAUGGAUGGGCAGCCCGUGCAUCCUUACAUCGACGCCCAAAUGGGUUCCCGUUCCCUCCCUAACUCCUCCUCCGAGAUGUGUCUGAGGACCCAGGAUGAGCAUGUGGAGACCAGGAACAACAUGAGGAAACACAGUUCCAUGACCAGGCUGAGCAGAGACAGCUUGGAUGGUGACGGUGUGGUGUUCUACGGCUCCCCCCGCAGGAUCGUUGAUAGCUCGGUGCAAACGGAUGAUGAGGAUGGGGAGGAGAGGUACAUGAUGCGGCAUCGAACCAGGAGGCGUGGUCGCAGUGUUGACUGCUCUGUUCAGACGGAUGAUGACGAAGACAAGGCAGAGACAGGUCAACCUGUGCGACGACGGCGAUCACGGUUCUCACGCCAUGCAGAGUCGUCGAGCAGCCACGCUGCCUCCAAUGCCACAGGAGCGACCGAGUCCAAAACGGACUCGUCCAAGAUGGUCUCCUCCAGUAUAGCCAUCCAAACACUCCGAGAAAUGUCCUGUCAGACAGAGGUGGAGCAUCUAGGGAGAGUUUCUCCAGUUAUUCAUGUGACAGUUCCGGACCCCAGCAAAGUGGAGAUUGUACACUACAUUUCAGGACCUGAGCGAACCCAAAAAGGCCAGUCCCUGGCAUGCCAGACUGACCCAGAGGCCCAGUCACAAGGUGUUGUGGCACCUCAGCUGAGCGUUCCAACCACAGUUAGUCCAUAUUCCUCUUCUAACAGCAUGCAACAGUCUGCUGAUAUGAACCAGCAGCGACAACAGCGACAGCAGCAGCAACAGCGACGCCGGCCAGACCCACUGGACAUCAACUACCAACCUCACAACCACAUUCACAAUGAGUCGGUCUCGAGCAUCAUACGGCAGCAACAAGGUGCCCCCAAAUCUCCGCAGGUUCUCUACUCGCCAGUCUCGCCAGUGUCUCCUCAUCGUCUGCUGGAGACUUCUCUUUCCAGCGAGAGGUUAAACAAGGCCCAUGUCACGCCCCAACAGAAGUCAUACACAGCCGAGUCACCCCAGCGACACCCAUCAAUGCCCCGACCCAUCAAGAGCACCCAGAGGUCCAUGUCGGACCCCAAGCCUCUAAGCCCCACCACAGAUGAGCACACGAAGGCCAGGUUGGCCUUGUAUCAACAGCAAGCGCUUCAAAACCAGCUGGCGGCCCUCCAGCAGAGCUCACUGCUCCGUAAGGUCAAGAGAACCCUGCCAAGCCCACCUCCAGAGGAGACUGCAACAUCCGUUCACCUGCCGAUGAUGACACCGGCACUGCAACAGGUCUACUUGCCCUCCGUGCCCAGCCUCAAGCCCACCUCUAGGUCUGGCUUGGCUGCCAAAGCCAGCCUCCUCAAGGACCUCACCCAUGAGCUGAAGGCCGUGGAGCAAGAAUCAACGAAACUGAGAAAACAACAAGCGGAACUCGAGGAAGAAGAGAAAGAGAUUGACGCAAAACUGAGAUACUUAGAGCUGGGCAUCCACCAAAGAAAAGAGACGCUGGUGAAAGAGAGGGAACGAAGGGAUAUUGCGUAUUUGAGAUGCAUGGGAGACACUAGGGACUACAUGUCUGACAGUGAGUUAAACAACCUGCGUCUUGCUGCGGCAGCAGCAUCACAUGAAACAAACGGGCUACUGACUACAAGACCAAGCACCGCUCCUUUAAGUCAAUUUCCAAGUGACAUCAACACAGCUGCCCAGUACCCCCCAACAUCAUCUUUCCUUUCCUGUCAGUAUCCUCAUAGCCAAGCUGCAGCACAAACUCAAUCAACUUUACCUUACCAGUCCUCAACCUUUAACCAGCCCCCUUAUCCAACAGUGUCUCAAUCCCAAGCACUGCCACAGCCCACUCCUCUUCAGAGCCAUAGUCACACCCCCGGACCAUCCUAUCAGUCUCAAACCUCCUACACCUCUCACACCUAUCCCCAGACUCAGCCCCCAUACCCCCAGACAGACAUCGGGAUACCAGCUGCACCUCAGUCUCAGCCCCAACCAGGGCAUACAGGCUUUGGACCUGCACCGCCUGGUCAACCUCCUUACCCCACCCACAGCUCACCCUAUCCUAGCGCCGUGUCCUCCUACCCCAGCCAGACCACGCCAUACCCUGGGCAAUCCCAGGCAGAUAUUUUGACAGUCCACCCUGGAAGACCCAGGCAGACCACCCUUGCUGACUUGGAGCAUAAGAUACCCACCAACUAUGAGACGAUCAGCAACCCCACAGUUGUGGUCACGACAACAGCACAGGACGCCACCUACUCAAGUGGAGCUCCCUCUUAUGGUCAGUACAGCGCUUCAACAACAAUGGCAAGCUCUUAUGGGCCAUAUGGAUCCGCACCGGUGUCAAGUAGUUAUGGUGGGUACUCCUCAAUGCCCCCGACAACGUAUGGUCCAUAUACGUCUACGCCAGCGAGUUCAUAUGGACAAUACACAACAACAACUGCUAAUGCUUAUGGCUAUACAACAACAACGGCCAGCUCAUAUGGACAGUACACAGUUUCCAAUGCAUAUGGACAUUCAGUAGAUAGUCCCUCCACGUACAGCACAGCAGAUGGGAUGUAUGGAUCUCCUGGCUUAGAGCAAAACAUUCCAAGGAACUACAUGAUGAUCGAUGAUGUCAGCGAGCUGACGGCAAAAGAUGGGCUGGGCACGACAGCAGGGGACAUGAUGCACCAUGGCGGUACCGGGCGUUACCCAGGUGACAUCCAUGGCCACAGCAGCACCAUUGGCGGUACAACACGUGGUGGAACUGGCAGCUCCUCGUACGGCAGGGCACCCGAGGAAGAGCCAGCGAUGCAAGAAGAAUUGUACGACCACCAUGGCAGGGGUAAGAGCAGCUACAGACACGGACCUCUAGGGGGCAGCAGCAGCAGCGUGAGCAGUAGCUUGGGUGGGGGAUCCCCCUAUUAUUAUGACUUCGACUACAAACAUGGCAGCCUCCGCUCUGGGGUACAGAAACCUUCAUCGUCCACUAGAGGCCUUCUGGCUCCCGCCGUCAUGUCGUCGAAGCGCAGCAAACACAGAAAAUGGGGGAGUAUGGAGCAGAAAAUCUCCAAGUUUUCUCCUAUAGAAGAGGCUCGAGACGUGGAGGCAGACUUGGCCUCCUAUUCAAGCAUUGCUGGUGGGGCUUACCACUCCGCCAACAUUCGAGGACGUCAGCUUAUUGAGGAUUAUGGCUUCAAGAGGAGUACUUACGAGGCCGGCAGUGCCAGUACCCCCGUUAGUCGAUACUACGGAUCAAUGGGGGAAGACGAUCGAAUAUACUACUCGUCCACUGGUCGCUCUCGUUCCACUGGCUAUGGCAUGGACAAGAUCUCAUCUAGGGACUACUCUGGGUACCGCAGCCGAUCUUAUGAGAGGGAUGACCGCUCCUACAGAUCUGGAUACAGCAGGGGGCGCCACCCCACCCGGCAGUACUCUGAAGAGGAGAGCCCACUCAGUCCAAUGGGGAGGUUCAUGCGUUCUGGGCGAUCAUCAAGUUUAGGUCCCGACCCAUAUGACAACCGCAGCAGUAGAUAUCAAUACUAUUACGGCCAAUAUGGUUCCAGCCAUUCUCUGCCAGAUGUACAAGACCACAUACGGGACCUUCCUCGGACGCAUGUCUACAAGACGGAAGACACAUACUUAAUAGACGAUUAUCAUUGUGCUGUUUCAGACAGCGAAGCCUACCAUCUUGGCCAGGAGGAGACCGACUGGUUUGAGAAGCCACGUUCCAGCUCUAGACACUAUGGCAGCAGCCAUUCGAGUGGGAGGAGCCGCCAUGGUGUUAAACACACCUAUCACGAUUAUGAUGAACCCCCUGAGGAAGACCUUUGGCCCCAGGAUGAGUACGGUCACAGUGGGCGGCACUCCACGUCACGUGACCACCGGCAUCACGGCAGCUCUAGCCGACACUCUUCCUCAUCCCGUCAUUCUGAUGAGCCAAGGUCCUCUAGGUCUUCCAAGGGGCACCCAAAGGACCCCUCAAUGCGGCAUGAGACCUCAGGCCGAUCAUCCUCAUCAGGAAGGCGUGGAGAAUCGAGGUCUGGGAGUUACCAUUCCUCAGAAUACUCCAGAGAUCCUUCCGGGCACCAUCAUGGCCAACGGUCCUCCAGACAAGGGGACCCCCACCGGUCCUCACGCAGUAAAUCCCAGCAGCAGGUGGACAUGCAGGGACAACCAGGCUCCUCUAGGACCGGGAGUUCUUCAAGGGGUCAGGGCCAAAGCGGUGGUCCUGCAGGAUCAGGGCGCCAGGGAGGUCCUGGCUCCCAGACAGACGGGACACAGGGACAGAGGACACAGCUUCAACAACAGGCUCAGACUUCAGCUACCCGACCGGGACAGCCAGGUGCCACAACCACCACCGGCCCACUGCAGCAACAGCCCACAACACAAGGACCAGGCAUGGGCAUGGGGAUGGGGAUGAGUCAGAACCAAAACAAACCAGGACAGAUGGGAUCCACAGGGGGCCCUAUGGGCCAAGCAAGGCAGCCGGGUCAAAUGGGACCCACGUCUACACCCAUGACAAAGAUCGAGACCCCUCCGGUAACAGCCAUUGGAGCAAAAGCUGCCACAAUAAAACCAGGCCAGCCGCCGCUCACAGGAAUAGGCUCCAAGGCUGCUCCUCGACCCGGAGGUAUCGGUAGCGCAGCAGCGGGUCAGCCCGGAAUGGAAGGAGAAGGCAUGCUGUCUAAAAUCCUGCCCGGUGGAGCUGCUGAGCAAGCUGGAAAGCUAGGAGAAGCCAUCUCCGGUUUCGGCAAGAAGUUCACCUCUUUCUUUUAAAAAGUGACCACGAAUUGAGACUUGAUAUCUUCAGGAUUUUGUACCAGAAAAACCUGUGAAGUUCCUUUUUUGGCUCGAUAUUAUCCAUGAAAGCGAGGAAGAGAGAGAAAGGAGAGGGAAACAGAAGGUGGAGUCAAGGACACUGCCAACACGGACUGUGAUCCUCUGGAUGCUUCAUGUUACAGGCCAGAGAGACCCCACCGCUCUCUCCGGCAGACAGACAAUCAUUCCAUGCCAACUAGCAUCAUCACAAGGACUUCUCCAUCUGACCAUCAUCUACAGCCAAAGAUUCGGAGUGCAGCCUCCAACUGAGUGUGGUGGAGCAGAAGGAGGAGCUUCUUCCAGUCCUCUAGGGGGAGCUCUACCAACACCAUCACAGAUCAAUUGUGUUCCACCCUCAAGGAAUACAAGCCCAAUGCAUGCAACAGUGGUGGGUUACUCACCGGCAGGAGGCGUGAUGGAAUCCUCUGUGUCACAGUCCUGAACUCAAACUUGAAUCCUCUCUUCUCCUCACUUUCUCCCUUUUAUGAAAAAUGUAGAAAAGGAACUUUAACCUGCUGAAUAAGUGCAGGAUUUUCUGGUACUAAAGACCUUCUCUUCCGGGAAGAAUUGAAUGAUUCAACUGCCACACAGUGCACAGAGAACUUGUGUCCACGUGUGUCUCUAUCGACAUUCCGGGUCGGACCGUCAGCUUCCACACUUCAAAUCCCCAAGAGUCUUCAAGAGCGCAGAGAAGGCGGGAUAAUGGAUGGGACUUCAUAUCUAAGACCUUACACUGUUCAUCAACAGAGGCCAUAAAGACAAUUGCGUCUUUGCUCAAAGGCUUCAACAGGAGAGCGAUUCCCAAAGUGUCACUUGGGGAUCAAGGAGCCUUUUGUGAAAGGGAAAUGUCGAGGCGUGUUCCGAUGUGCUCGAGUUCAGCCAUUACAAAGCCAUGAAGACAACGUGUACUUACAGCACUUGUUGUGAAGAUAAUAACUCCGACUGCACGAUAAUUGGUAUUUCUCACAAUGUUGUCCAUUGUGUUUUUAAUUUAUUGUGCUUCAGUUACAGUUUACAAUACUCGCCUUAAAUGUUUUCUUUUAAAGUAAAGAUGACUUAUUUUUAUCGUGCCACACCUUUUUUAUGUAUCAGCAGUGAGAAUAUUUAUAUUUUUUAUAUGUUACUUAUUUUAGUUUUAUAUUUAUUUAGUCCAUUUUUUGUUACAGUCGUCAUCAUCGAUCUAUUACAGAAGCAAUAGACACAGGUAGGAGAGUAAAGAGCACAAUGUUGUGUCAUGUUAAAUGUUGAUAGAAACACUGUCUCCCUAACUUAAUACUACUAUAGAUGGCUCGUGGAAGCUGUAAACACUAAUUUGGUCCCAAGUCAGAUCUUCCCUAACCAUGACUGAGACAUCUUCCUGGUCGCAUCUGGGCGCACGGGAGGACAGCAGAGAGGCACUGAAAACAGCCGACCAGUGCACCGCUGAAACAGACCUGGACUGUCAUUACCUGCAGGGGUUGGGUUCAGACUUUCAAAGAAGGACAUGAAGUGUGACUCUGCAAAUACGACCCUUAACACACCAGAGCAUGUGUCUUCACUCAGAAACGUGCACAGCACACACGCCAAAGCACACUUGGUGUCAAAAAGAAAGCAAAAGAAAUCCAUGUGACUGUGGAUUCAAAAGUCACUCGCCUUUUUUUUAUCUUUUCGUUUUGUACCAUGGCGACGUUCCCGGCCUGCAACCCGACCCUUGAACCUCUCAGACUGUCAGUUGUCAAGGAAACUUCUCAGGUCAGUGUUCUCCCUGCUGUCGCUCCUGCAGUGCAUUGUGGGAUCUGCAGUUCUCCAAAAGAAAAAAAAAAGAAAUACUGUCAGGCCAAACAGUUCGAGGCCUUCAGCGAAAUCAACCAACUUCUGCUGUAUAUUGUCUGUGUGAACGCUCGCUGGGAACCUUCGCAUGCUGCCCGGCGCAGAAAAAACCUCAGUCACCUCUAUAUUGUUCCUAAUGUUUGUAUGUACAGAUUGUGUGUAUGUGAGUGUAUGGGGCAAGGGGGGUAGUGUGUGUGUAUUUAAUAAUCUUCAUCUAAUGUGGAAAAAGAAAACAAGACGUGUUCCACCACGACUAAUAGAAAGGCGACCUCUCAUCUCCAGUCGUUCUAUGCAAUGAAUCACAUUCGGAAAAGAAGUGGAAGGCGACGGACACAUUAGUUACCGUGAAGAUUCACAUUGCAUCAUUCCGCAUUUUUGUGAUUUUUGUACAAUGUGUGAAUUAUAGGUCACCUGGAGGUCUGAGAGUUGGCAUGUUACCUGGCAUGUUGGUCCCCUCUUUCCCCUGGGAAAGCUAGACAGAAAGACAGUCCUAUCCUUCCUCAAAAGAUCACCAAGAAGUUUUCGUUGUACGGAGUCGAGAUUGUAUUGAUCGAAGGUGAAAUGCCAACCGCGCCGCUUUCCAGAAGAGAACGUUAUGAAAUAUACAUGCUAUCAUUUGCAUCACAAAGGAGGCUAACUGCUUGUGUUAACCUCCUUAAAGAGUAUAUUUAAACUGAAAUCAGGUUUAAGAAAGAGGAAGAAAUUUGAGGUCAACUCCCGGGCCGGGUUUUUGACAGCGGUUUAUUUGGUGUUUUGAACGCAGCACACACACUUAUCAGGAGGGUAAGACUUGCUGUUAAUAGUCUAUAUAACAAUUCAUUCAACCACCAACAAUUUAAGAAGGAGAUCAGAUGAAAAAAUAUAUAUCUAUAUCUAUAUGUUGUAACAUAAACUAGGUUAAUUCAGAUUUGAUGAUAGCUCUGGAGUAAAAAGAGGCCCUUUUUCUUUAUAUUUUUCUGGAAAUAAAGUGAAUGUCCGCAUCAUAGAUUAUCAUUAUGAAUUGUGUUAAAGAGUAUAAAUAUUAUCAUUUAUAUAGAUCUAAAAAUGAGAGCACACAAGGUAUUCCAGAUCUAAUUUUUCUAAGCGUGAAUGUCAAUACAUGAUUUUAGAGGUUCAUUUCUUUGAUCCCAAAAUGAAGCAAGCAGAUGGAUAAAUAUCUAUAUUUUUUGUGAUGCAUUUGUUGACUAUUUAAGAGUUUAUUUUAUCAUGAAAAGUGAGGUUUUAAUCAGUGCUAAAGAGUUAUAACAAAGAUUUAUUAAGAGGUGCAAUACACUAGACUCUUACAUACAGGUUUCAUUAAGAGACGCACGCGAGUCAGGUUUUUACACGGUACAUUAAGAUUGAGAAAAUAAGAAAUUAAAUCGACUGCAACUUUAGUAUUUUGGAAGUAGUGAGUCAUAAAUAUGGAUAUUUCGGCCUCACGAAUCCACAGAGAAAUAGAGAAUCAUAUUAAUUCUAAAGGAGCAAUAAGUGAACUUUCAACUGGAACAAUAAUCAAGAAGUAAUAACACAACGCUCCUGCUGGUAUAUCUAUCUAUCUAUAUAUAAUAUGCAUCAGAGCAAGGGCUUGCAACUGAAGUUAAAAGCCAUUUUGUGUUUAAUGACUCAAGUUGAACAGUGAUUAGAAAAGCAAUUGUUUGUGGCAGAAGCACAAAGAUAUUGAAAAGACGUUUUUUGUCAAUGUUACAUGUUUAUUUAACAUGAAAAAAACUGAAGGUCCAGCAAUAUUUGUGAUUUACUUAUCUGAAAUUGGUGUUUAUUGUGCUAAAAAACAUAAUGUGCAGCUUCCUAAAGCCGCUGAGAAUACGAGUCCACUUGAGUUUGUAGUUAUUCCAAGUCAAUAUUUUCACGUUUAUGGCCCCUUUUAUGUUAAUUUUAAGGUGUUUUUGGUCAAUAUAGACACACUAUACAAUCAAGAAAAUUUGCUGAUAGAUAUUAAUUCCAAUAAUCUGUAAUUGAUUUAUAAUGGAAGCGAUACUGAAAGAGUAGACAGAUGUAAAAUGGUCCACCUGUAAUGAAUCAACAAAUGCAUGAUCUCCACUGCUCCUCCAUCUGGAGCGGACGGGCUGCCAGCAAGUGUAAAUACCAGAGUAGGAUCCUUGCUAAAAAGGUUCUGAACAACACAUAGUUCGGAGAUUUAUGAACAAACAUCUCAACACUUGACAACGUAGUGUACUGUGGUUGGCUCGUGCCGAAGGUUAAUAAAGAAUGGAGAUAUAUUUAGAAACAUAUAGAUUCCAUGGAGUACAUGUUGUGUUUGUAUAAUGGAAUGGCAUAUACAUAUACAAAAACAGUUUAUUUUGCUUCCAUGCAGCAUUUCCAUCCGGUUGGGCAGAUUGUUGGAGAAUAAGCGUGAGAGGAUAAAUUGAACAGACGUGUAAAAAAAUAAAAACCACACUGAAUGGGUGAAUAUACUGCAAAAAAAAAAGAGCCGAAAAACAAUGACAAAAACGUUCCAUUCACUGUUGUAAGUGCAAUGAUCUAAACUUCCUGUUUCCCCAUUGUAAAACCUUGUGUAUGUUUCUGUGUAUUCCUCCUGUAAAUGGGUGUAGUAGACCUGGUGCAUCAUGCCAUGUAAUGUGAUGAAUGAUAAAUUAUGACCUUACAAUACAUUUCAAUCAGGAAAAAUAAAUAAAAUAAAGGAAAAUAUAUGGUACAUCAGCUGAGCUUCACCUCUUUCGCUUCAGGUUUUAAUUUCUUGGUCCAUGUGACUGAUAUAGGUAAGUGAAAGAUUAAACCUGUACUAAAAUUGGAAAUAUACCCCACUUAUAUUAUACUUAAAUAGUUUGCAUCAACAUGACAGUUGAGAACCUACCAUUGCUUCAAUGGCACAUCAAACGCCAACGGUUUCAUCAUGAUCAAUUGGAAAUUCAGUGACAUCUGCUGGUGACUUUAAAGAUUGUAAUCGUGUUGUUACAGGUUCUCAUUCACCGACAACUGUGAUUCUCAAGUGGCGAGUGGGACCCAAAAGUGGGUGGUGGAAAAUAACACUUUUAUUGCAUUAAACAAUGUUAAAUUUGUUUUAUUGUGUUGUAUGUGAGGUUCAAAAUAUUGCUUUUCUUGUCAUCUUUAUUUUUUCAUUCACUCAUUUGGGUCAAGUCCUGUCACUAGUGCCCCAAAGCCAGUCCACUUGAGAACCACAAGGAAUUGAAGCUGAAUGGGUUCCUGAAAUAUUAGCUCAAAAUACCCACUAUCGUUGUCAGUUCCUCCAUGAUUCACCAGCUUUCCUGAGAUGACAAAUAAAAUCUGCUUGUUACUGUGGACCUUUCCUCACCUCCAUGUUCAUAUACAUGAGGUCUUUUAGGCUGAAAGAUCAUCAUCCGAGAUGUCUCAGGAACAACUACUCUCAACUGCA